AUGCCUGACCUCCAUUCUCUUCCGGAAGGCUGGUAUCCGGAACACUCUUUCCGAAACAAUGGUCCCGACAACUUGUUGCUCGAGAGAAUGAAGCUGCGAGAGCUGGCCGAGGGAUGGCCUUGCUACCGCGAUGCUUGUGAGUGGGAAAACUUUGCAUCCAUAUUUCACGAGGGGGCCUAUCUUUACACCACAUGGUCGGGCAAGGUGUUAUUCACCGAUUUCUUUGAGGUAUCUAAAGCUGGCAUGGAUAAGGGUGCCUUUAUCAUGCACCGUUGUCAUGGGACGACUACAGACAUCACUCCAGAUGGUCACCGAGCAGUUACCAAGAUGAAGGCCACUAUUACACAACGAUUCGUGAUAGAUGGGGUUGAGGUUGAUGUGGAGUGUGACUGUCGCUUUUGCUUCUUCUUUGAGAAGGUUGAUGGGCGAUGGGGUGCACGUUUUGUUCGUCACUGGUAUGAGAAGGACAAGAUCAUCCCAGUGAAUCCUUCCAAGAUACCCAAGAUCGACGAUACAAAGCUGGCAUCAUACCCGGAAGGAUACAAGUUCCUUGCUUAUUGCCAAGAGAAGACAAUGGACGUUUCUGUGAUUAAGGACAUGCCCGGUCACAAUCGCCAUAAGGGGACACCGUCAGGUGACAAGCAUGAUCUUUUGUAUAAGCAAGCAAAGGUGUGGCUGGAGGGCGGAAAUCUUGAAAUUUAG